AUGGCCAUGGCCAUGUCCAUCGUGGACAUCGCCCAAACCUUCAUCUUCCUUGUGCUCCUCGCGCACACCGCCUCGGCACAGCUGCCGGCGCCCGCGCCGGCGCCAGACGCCGGCUGCAACGGCAUCUUCCUCAGCUACACGCUGCAGGGCCGCGACCAGAUCAGGCCUCAUGUCGCCGAGCGGAACUCCCAGCCCUACUCCUUCCGCGCCAGCGCCACCGUCGUCAACUCGGGCACCCGCCCGCUCCGCUCCUGGGCGCUGCAGAUCACGUUCGUGCACGGCGAGAUCCUCGUCGGCGUCGACGGCGCCGUGCUCACCUCGGGCGCCGACCUGCCCUACAACACCACGGCGGGGGACGCUGGCAGGCCCACGUCCUUCACAGGGUACCCGCAGACGGACCUCCUCACCCCGAUCGCCACGGCCGGGGACCCCGCCAAGACACAGGCCACCGUCAACCUCGUCGGCACGCUCUUCGCUGGGCCCAAGCCCUACGACCCACUCCCGUCCUUUCUCUCGCUCGCCGACCCCUCCUACACCUGCCCGCCGGCCACCAACGCCACGUCGCCGACGAACCUCACCACCUGCUGCGUGCUCACUUCCGCGGCGGCGGCGGCCGGGGCCGACGACGACAGCGCCACCGACCCGGCGAGAAACUUCCUCCCGCGCCGCACCGGCGACCUGGUCAUCACCUACGACGUGCUCCAGUCGCACGAGGCCACCUACCUGGCGCUCGUCACGCUGGAGAACGACGCGCCGCUAGGCCGCCUCGACGGCUGGCAGCUGUCGUGGCGGUGGCAGCGUGAGGAGUUCAUCAGCACCAUGCGAGGCGCCUACCCGCGGGAGGUCGACACCGCCGGCUGCCUCUACGGUCCCCAGGGCCAGUACUACAAGGGCCUCGACUUCUCCAAGGUGCUCAACUGCGACCGCACGCCCGUCGUCCACGACCUUCCGCCGUCGCGGGCCAACGACGACGACAUCGGCAGGAUCAACCACUGCUGCAGGAACGGCACCAUCCUGCCCAAGUCCAUGGACGUCGCGCAGUCCAAGUCGGCGUUCCAGAUGGAGGUCUACAAGAUGCCGCCCGACCUCAACCGGACCAAGCUCUACCCGCCGACCAGCUUCAACGUCACGGGCUCGUCGCCGCUGAACCCGGAGUACGCGUGCGGGGUGGCCAUCCCGGUGAGCCCGUCGGAGUACCCGGACCCCAGCGGGCUCGCGUCGACCACGGUGGCCGUGGCGACGUGGCAGGUGGUGUGCAACAUCACCACGUCGACCAAGAAGCCGCCCAGGUGCUGCGUGUCCUUCUCCGCCUUCUACAACGAGUCGGUGGUCCCCUGCCGGACGUGCGCGUGCGGCUGCCCCUCGUCCGCGACCCAACCGGCCGUGUCGGCGACCUGCAGCACCACGGCGCCGGCGAUGCUGCUGCCGCCGCAGGCGCUGCUCAUGCCGUUCGACCGGCGGGCCAGCGAGGCGCUCACGUGGGCGGACCAGAAGCACCUCGGCGUGCCCAACCCCAUGCCCUGCGGCGACUUCUGCGGCGUCAGCAUCAACUGGCACGUCGCCACCGACUUCACCGGCGGGUGGAGCGCGCGCCUGACGCUCUUCAACUGGGACGGCACGGACAUGCCGGACUGGUUCACGGCCAUCGUCAUGGACAGGGCGUACGACGGGUUCGACCAGGCAUACUCCUUCAACGCCACGCGCGUCGGGAACAGCACCAUCUUUGUCAAGGGCUUCCAAGGCUCCAACUUCCUGCUCGGGGAGAGGAACAUGAGCGGCGUGGAUUACCCGGUGCCCGGGAAGCUGCAGUCCGUCUUCUCCUUCACGAAGAAAACGACCCCCGGCAUCGACGUCAUCGCCGGUGACGGCUUCCCGUCCAAGGUUAUCUUCAACGGCGACGAGUGCGCUAUGCCGUUGAGGAUUCCGAGCCAGGGGACCAAGCAGGCUGGUGGUGGCGUCAUCUCUAUGCAAUUGUGUUUGCUUGUUUCCAGUUUCCUGUUAUUGCUGCUGUAA